CAACAUCCGGGGUCGUGGGGUCGGUGGCCUACGGAAGCCCGCGCUUGAAUCGCGCUGCCUUGAGUUGGGCCGUAGCAUCCUAGCGGUUGGACGCAAAUGCUAAGGUCCAAGAACUGACGCCGGUUGGGCGGCUCUGGGAGUCAGCCCUUGAGCGGAGCGGAACGGCGAGACUAAUCAAAAGGAUGGAUUUUACAGAGGCUUACUCAAGCACAUGCUCUACAGUUGGACUUGCUGCCAGAGAAGGCAACGUAAAAAUUUUAAGGAAACUGCUCAAAAAAGGUCGAAGUGUAGAUGUUGCUGAUAACAGGGGAUGGAUGCCAAUUCACGAAGCAGCUUAUCACAACUCUGUAGAAUGUUUGCAGAUGUUACUUCAUACAGAUUCAUCGAAAAACUACAUUAAGACAAAGACUUUUGAGGGCUUCUGUGCAUUACAUCUUGCUGUGAGUCAAGGACAUUGGAAGAUCACACAGAUUCUUUUGGAAGCUGGAGCAGAUCCUAAUGCAACUACUUUAGAAGAAACUACACCGUUGUUUUUAGCUGUUGAAAGUGGACAGAUAGAUGUUCUGAAGCUGUUACUUCAACACGGAGCAAAUGUCAAUGGAUUCCAUUCUAUGUGUGGAUGGAAUUCCUUGCACCAGGCUUCUUUCCAGGGAAAUGCUGAGAUUAUAAAACUGCUUCUUAAAAAUGGAGCAGACAGAGAAUGCCAGGAUGACUUUGGAAUCACACCCCUGUUUGUGGCUGCUCAGUAUGGGAAACUAGAGAGCUUGAACAUUCUUAUGUCAUCUGGUGCAAAUAUCAAUUGUCAAGCCUUGGACAAAGCUACUCCAUUGUUUAUUGCUGCACAGGAGGGUCAUAUAAAAUGUGUGGAACUUUUGCUGUCCGGUGGGGCAGAUCCUGAUCUUUACUGCAAUGAAGACAAUUGGCAGUUGCCUAUUCACGCUGCUGCACAAAUGGGCCAUACAAAGAUCUUGGAUUUGUUAAUCCCGCUUACUAACCGGGCUUGUGACACUGGUCCAGACAAAGUGAGCCCUGUUUACUCAGCAGUGUUUGGAGGACGGGAAGAGUGCCUGGAAACAUUACUGCAGAAUGGUUAUAGCCCAGAUGCACAGAUGUGCUUGGUCUUUGGAUUCAGUUCCCCUCUGUGCAUGGCUUUCCAAAAGGACUGUGACUUCUCUGGAAUUGUGAAUAUUCUAUUGAAGUAUGGAGCCCAGUUAAAUGAACGUCACUUGGCAUACUGCCUGAAGUAUGAGAUGUUUUCAAUGUUUUGCUGCUUUUUGAAGAAAGUUUGCCUAUUGACUCCUUGGAAUCAUACAUCUGAAUUUAUAAGUUAUGCAGUUAAAGCACAAACAAAAUAUAAAGAGUGGUUGCCACAUCUCCUGCUGGCUGGAUUUGACCCAUUGACUCUGCUGUGCAGCAGCUCUUGGGUUAACUCAGUCAACGAUGAUGUCCUUAUUUUUACUUUGGAAUUUUCUAAUUGGAAGAGACUUCCACCACCUGUUGAAAAGAUGAUCUCUGCUCGUGCAAACUCUUCUUGGGCUCUUCAGCAACAUAUGGCCUGUGUUCCGUGCCUGACCCAUCUCUGCCGUUUGGAAAUUCGGGCAAGUCUAAAAGCAGAGCACCUUCGUUCUAACAGUUUCAUCCAUCAGUUGCCUCUUCCCCGAAGUUUGCGGAGCUAUUUGCUCUAUGAAGAGGUUUUGAGGAUGAAUGAAAUUCCAGAACCUGCAGCUAUUCAUGAUGUAGAAAGCAGUGAGGCUCCUGACAGCACAAUUGUCAGUGCUGUUUAGUCACAAAAGAUGGGACCGUUUACAACUGGGCUGCCCAGUCCCUCCUCCCCAAUACUAAGAACUUUGCUCAUCCUGCCUUACUCAGUUGUCUUCAGUGUACUUUGUUUUGUAGUGUUUGCUGACCUGAUCAUUUUCUGCUUUGUUCUGCUACCGAGCUGUCAUGCUGCUAUGGUGUUGGAGGUGACCUCUUCCCAGUUAAGAUUCGUGUUCACCUGUGCUUGAUACUAGGGAUGGAAGCCAUAAACUUCCCAGGAAGAAGAUAUAAGAACUGUGCUUUUGAAUCACUUAACACUGUUAUUUUAUUUAUGCAUUGACAUCCUCUAUGUUUAUAAAAGGAAAUUUUCCUAUGUUGUCACAAUCUGUGUUCCUAUUUUUUAAUUCAGAUAUAUUUGUGAGCUGUUGAUAUUCUUGCAUUUUAACAUGUAAACUCAGGGGAAAAUUUUUGAAGAACAUAGAUUUCAGUCACGUUGUUUUCUUAGACCCUUUCUUCAUACUUUUUGGCAAAAUAUACCCCAUUUUCAGUCUGCCAAGAACUGCCAAGAACACCCCUAAACUCCAAGGCAUACUCACUAUAAAAAUUAUGUCAUUUUUAGAAAUAUUGUACUGGACUCAGAAAAUUAAUAAGGAGACCUGAGAGGAGCAUUCAUACAGCGCCAUCUGUAGAGACGGGCACAUUUCAGUUGUCUAAUGCUAAAUAGAAAAGUCAGACUUCACUCAGCUCUAGAAUAAGAGGGCAGGUUUGUUUCUAUGAAUCAGUAAUAGCCAAUAAUAUUCUGUUCAUAUAUACAAUACCUUUCCUCCUUAAUACCUGGAUGUAUUUUUAGACCAUUGAUAAAAGACCUUAGAGUCCUUCCUUGUGAGUUUUAUAAUAGCUUUUUCUAAAUCUUGAGUCAAGAAAAAUCAAACAUCAUCGAGACAUUUGUCUGAGAGACUGGAAGUUAGCCUUGAGAGGGAGGUAUUAGGGUGUUGCUGUCAUAAUAGGCAGCACAGGCUGAUUUCUUCAGGAGGUAGAACUUCAUCUCUUGCCAGCAACCUGUGCUUGGUUAGAUCAUCUGGACCCAUCUCUAAUAGACUCUUAAACGAGCAUGAUGAAGGGGCACUUCAUUAGCAUGCAUUGGGAAGACUAACUCAUUCCUCAUAUUCAAAGUCUUGUUUGAUGUACAUAUAUAGUUAGAUAUUGAAAAUCAGGCAGAAGUUCUGAUGGUUCAAUUUAACAAAGAUUUUCCAAAAUUGUAUGCACUGUGGUUUGUUUUUUUUUUUUUUUAAAUAGUGUGACCUUUGUUUUUCAAACUCUGUUUCAGGUUUUAUUUUUGGUCAUAGCUAAGUAUACACAUAAUGUUUUUACAGAGUAUCUUUUAACGUAUUCUGUUUGUGUUCAAAUGUGUUACAAAAAUCCGGUUUUCCAUAAGCUAGCAUUGAGGUUUUAUUUUUGAAGCCCACCCUAAAAUUCAGUACAGAUGACCCCUCCCUGGCUGGUGAUUUUUUGACUUUACAGGAGUGAAAAAGUGACAAGCAUCCCAUAGAAACUACACUUUGAACUUCAUCUUUUCCUAGGCUAGCAAUACAUAGUAUGCUAGUCUCUUGGAGUCUGAUGAUACUGAGAAGUGACAGUGAGCUUUCACUGCUAGCCCGUCAUGUGGUCACAAGGAUAUCUAUAGAGGCAUGAAUAUUAACAGAUAUGCAUUGGAGAAACUAGCAAUGCUAAACAUGCAGACUUAUGUCUUUAAUGGAAGGGGGUGCACACCUGUUUUCCCACCCAGAAGACUGGGGUGGAUAUUGUUAAUAACCUGGUGACCUUUGCUAUCUGUAGGGUGAGGCCUCAUCCAAAUCCCUCAGAAUGUUUAUUCCAGGCUCCCCCUCCCUAGACCUUUAUCUACUUUGUUUCUCAGCAGAACCUAUCCUUAGGGGAGGUGUCAUGUGUAUUUUAUAGCCUGGUGACCUCUACACUAUCUUGGUCAGAGACCACACCAGAUUAUAUGAAGAUUCAAAGCCAAGCCCCCCAAAACACAGCUCUUUAAAGUCCAUACCUCCUCAUCCUUCCCAAACAGUUCCACCAAGUAGGGAGUAACUAUUCAGACAUAAGUUUAUGGGGAUCAUGCUCAUUUUGAUUACCCCAGUGGGAUGGGCAGGUGACUCAAGGAUUAAGAGCACUUCCUGCUCUUUCAGAAGACCAGAGGUUAGUUCCCAGUAUCCACACAGAGUGGUCCACAAUGCAGCUCCAGGCAUUCAUUGUUGUUGAAGCCCAGAAUAUGUAGCCUGAGCUGGCCUCAGACUUACAAUGAACUUCCUGCCUUGACCUCACUAUUGUUGGAAUUUAGAUAUGAGUCACCACGUAUAGCUAAGUUUUUGGUUUUGAAAUUGGUUAGUGAUUAUUCUGGUUUGUGUCUAGAGUGUCUCCCAAAGUCUAUGUAUUAAAUGUUUGCUCUCUAGUCUGUGGUGCUUUUGGAAAGUUUUAGGAGAUGGAUAGACCCUUUGAGGAAAUAUUGGAACUCCCGUCUUCUGUUUCCUGAUAUGCAUGUCAAGUGGGCAUGUUUGCUCUACUCUUUAUAUCUUAGGCCCAAAGUUAUUAACAGGCCAACCAUGGAAUGAAAACCUCCCAAGCUAAAAUAAAACUUUUCUUCCUUUAA